AUGCAUGCGACGGAGCUGGGUGACUCGUCGGACUUUGAGGUGGAGGGCAUCCAGAACCUCACUGAGAAUGAUGUCAGUGAUGAGGAGAUUGAGCCCGAGGACCUGGCGCGGCGAAUGUGGAAGGACAGAGUCAGGCUGAGGAGGAUCAAGGAGCGGCAGCAGAAGCUUGCCCUGCAGCAGGCAGAGCUGGAGAAGUUGAGGCCCAAGCCGAUAUCCGACCAGGCCAUGCGCAAGAAGAUGUCAAGGGCGCAUGACGGGAUCCUCAAGUACAUGCUCAAGCUGAUGCAGGUGUGCAAUGCGCGUGGGUUCGUGUACGGGAUCAUCCCGGACAAGGGGAAGCCUGUCAGUGGCACUUCCGAUAAUAUCAGAGCUUGGUGGAAGGAGAAGGUGAAGUUUGAUAAGAAUGGGCCUGCGGCGAUUGAGAAAUACGAGUCUGAGAACUUAGUAACUGCUAAUGCCCAGAGUGGUGGAAGUAAGAACCAGCACAGCUUGAUGGAUCUCCAAGAUGCCACUCUUGGUUCACUGCUUUCCUCAUUGAUGCAGCAUUGUGAUCCACCGCAGCGCAAGUACCCAUUGGAGAAGGGUGCUCCGCCUCCGUGGUGGCCUUCAGGGAAGGAGGAAUGGUGGAUUGCUCUAGGCCUUCCAAGCGGCCAAAUUCCUCCAUACAAGAAACCACAUGAUCUUAAGAAGGUUUGGAAGGCUGGUGUGCUUACUGGUGUGAUCAAGCACAUGUCUCCCAACUUUGAUAAGAUAAGAAAUCAUGUACGGAAAUCAAAAUGUUUGCAGGAUAAAAUGACUGCAAAAGAAAGCCUGAUCUGGCUGGGAGUUCUACAGAGAGAAGAAAGCCUUGUUCACAGAACCGACAAUGGUGUAUCAGAGAUUACUCAGCACAGUAUGCCAGCGGACAGAAAUGGGGACACAAAUAGCAGCAGUAAUGAGUAUGAUGUCUAUGGUUUUGAGGAUGCUCCUGUUUCUACAUCAUCUAAAGAUGAUGAACAAGAUGUGUCUCCAGUUGCACAAUCUGCUGUGGAGCAUGUCCCAAAAAGAGGAAGGGAAAGGGCUUACAAUAAACACCCUAAUCAGAUCGUUCCUGGUAAGGCAAAAGAAUCACCAAAGAGAAAAAAAGCACGCCACAGCUCCACUGUUACCAAGCCAGAUGCACAUAGAGUUGUUGAUGCCCCAGAAAACUCUAGAAAUUUGAUUCCUGAUAUGAAUAGACUGGAUCAAGUAGAAAUCCAAGGCAUGUCUAACCAGAUUGUCAUCUUGGACCAUGGGGGCACCACAACUGAAGCUUUACAACACAGAGGAGAUGCUCAAGUACAAGUCCAUCUUCCUGGUGCUGAGGUUAAUAACUUCAAUAGUGCCCCAACUGCAAACCCUACUCCUAUAAGCAUAUAUAUGGGUGACCAGCCUUUACCUUAUCAAAAUAAUGACAGCACAAGGUCGAGAUCUGAAAAUAGUUUUCCAGUAGAUGCUCAUCCUGGUUUAAAUAAUCUGUCCAGCGGUUAUCAGAACUUACCUCCGAAACAAUCACUAUCACUUUCCAUGAUGGAUCAUCAUGUGGUUCCCAUGGGUAUCAGGGCACCUACUGAUAGCAUUCCUUAUGGUGAUCAUAUACUAGGUGGUGGAAAUUCAACUUCUGUUCCUGGAGAUAUGCAGCAGCUCAUAGAUUUUCCUUUCUAUGGUGAACAAGAUAAGUUUGUUGGCAGUUCCUUUGAGGGAUUGCCUUUAGACUAUAUCAGUAUCAGUAGUCCAAUCCCAGAUAUUGAUGACUUGCUGCAUGAUGAUGAUUUAAUGGAAUACUUGGGGACAUAA